AUGAAGUGGCUGCGCUCGGCUGAGAUGGAGUACAUCUCGCUCAUUGUCAACGAAGACGCUGCGCACGACUGUGUGCAGAAAGUGGGCGACUUGGGUGUGCUCGAGUUCACGGACCUGAACCCCGAGCUCACGCCGUUCCAGCGUCGCUACGUGAACUACGUGAAGCGCUGCGACGAGAUGGAGCGCAAACUCCGGUACUUCGACGUGGAACUGGCCAAAUUCAGCAUCGCGCCCAAGUCUUCAGCGGGUUCGAUGGAGCAGUUUUUGGCCAAGUCCACAGCUGUUCGCUACGGCUCGCAGGACACGGCAGCCAGAGCGCUGGACACACUCGAGCGCCUGCUUGAAGACAAGGAGCAAGAGUUGUUGCAGCUCAAUCUGAUGCACGAGAAGCUCACGAAGGAAUUCAAUGAGCGCAAAGAGCUGCAGGAGAUUCUGCUUCGAGUGGGCGAGUUUUUCGAGAUGGAGAUUCCAGAGGUGCAGACCAUGCGUGGCUCGAGGACUGUGUCGCGAUCAGGCGGCUACAGUUUUGUCGAAGCAUCCGUGUCGGGCGAGCCAUUAGAAGAAGAAGCAUCGUCAUCGUCGCUGCGAUUCCGCAAUGUGACAGGAGUCGUGCCUGCUGAUGAACGGCUCAAGUUUGAGCGGAUGAUCUUCCGCAUGACUCGUGGCAACUGCUUUAUGCGGUUUUCGCCUAUUGACGAGCCGCUGGUGGACCCUUCUACAAGCCAACCGGUCACGAAGAACGCAUUUGCCAUCUUUUUCCAGUCCGUCGUUAUCGAAACCAAGCUGCGAAAAAUUUGUGAUGCGUUCCAUGCGAGGCUGUACUCGCUGCCACCCAUGGAUGAUCGAUCUGCAAUUUCCCACUUGAUCCAGAGCAAUGCUGGCGAAUUGAAUCAGAGCAGCCACAUCCUGCGUCGCAAUAGGGAGAGCUGUGUACUAUUGUGCCGUGACCUGGCCGAGACGCUCGAGUCAUGGAGGUGGUCUGUGCUACAGGAGAAAGCGACGUACCACGCACUCAACAUGUUUCGUGCCGAUGUAAGCGGUAUGUUGCGAGCCGAGGGUUGGGUCAUCAAAGAGGCUUUGGCUAGUGUGCGACGUGCUGUUGCACAAGCUCACGCAGCGGCCGAUGACAAGUCGAUGCCAUCGCUUGUGGAUACUGUGGCCAAACCGCGGCCAGUACCGCCCACUUACUUUGAGACGAACAAAUUUACUGACGCCUUUCAAAACUUUGUGGAAACGUACGGCUGUCCUCGUUAUCGAGAGAUCAAUCCGUCUGUCUUCACUGCUGUGACAUUCCCGUUCCUGUUCGGGGUCAUGUACGGUGACAUCGGUCACGGAUUAUGCGUGAUGCUCUUCGGACUGUACCUGAUCUUGACGGAGGCCCGUCUCGAGCAGCCGGGGAAGAUAGGCGAGAUGAUGGCAUCAAUUUAUGGAGGACGCUACAUGCUGUUCAUGAUGGGUGCUUUUGCCAUUUAUGCUGGCAUCAUCUAUAACGACUUCUUCUCGCUGCCGCUGAACCUAUUCGGUUCUAAGUUUGCGUACCCAAACUGUCUCGAUUCUCACGAUCGCGAGGUCAAAUGCGUGGCUGAGUAUAUGAUCGAUGGCAAGAUGACUUACGUGAACGCCACCGACGUCUCAGGCGGCGACAACGUGUACGCCGUUGGAUUGGAUCCGAUUUGGAAAACGUCUUCGAACGAGCUGUUAUUUUUCAACUCGUUUAAAAUGAAGAUCUCUGUGAUCUUUGGCAUAGUCCAGAUGACGUUCGGCAUCAUUCUCAAAGGUUGGAACAACCUGUACUUUCGCGACUAUUCGACUUUCUUCUUCGAGUUCGUGCCGCAGAUCAUCUUUGCUGUAUCGCUAUUCUGCUACAUGAUCGUGCUUAUUGUGCUGAAGUGGAGCAUCGACUGGACUGCGCGCAUGAAGCACGAAGUGUGCCCAUAUAAUUUUGCCGGUGAACAUACUGGCUGCCGUCCGCCUUCGCUCGUGAACACUCUUAUAAACAUUGCACUGGCGCCAGGCAACGUUGUGGACCCGCUUUACGAUGGCCAACUCGAGACCCAGCAGACGUUGCUAAUGAUGGCGAUGUUGUCUGUACCGGCAAUGUUGCUCAUCAAGCCAAUUUACUUAAAGAUCCAGAACGACCGCAAAGCGCCACCCGUGAGUCACCACGUGGAUUUUGAUGACGAGACCGACAGUCGUGUGAUCUCGCACCACCACGGCAGCUCCGGCGGUGACCAUGGCAAGGAAUUUGAGUUUGGCGAAGUGGUGAUUCAUCAGGGAAUCGAAACUAUCGAGUUUGUGCUAGGCAUGGUCUCAAACACGGCUUCUUACCUGCGUUUGUGGGCCUUAAGUUUGGCUCACUCCGAAUUGGCUACUGUGUUUUGGGAGAAGACGAUGUUGUCUACCAUCAACAGCGACUCGUUUAUCGCCAUUUUCAUUGGCUUCGCUGUGUUUGCAGCCACGACCUUUGGCGUCAUUCUUGCUAUGGACGUGCUCGAGUGCUUUUUGCACGCGUUGCGUCUGCAUUGGGUGGAAUUCCAGAACAAAUUCUAUAAGGCCGACGGCCACAAGUUCCACCCGUUCUCAUUCAAGGAGACGAUCAAGAACUCGCAGCAGCUGUAA